AUGAAGCUUUUCCAACAAUCGAGCAUCAAUUUAUUCCAAUACCAGCAUAUGAGCUCCAAGCAAGUAUUAUUGAACCACAAAAAUCAACUUCAUGCCACAAUCACCGUGGAGACGACCAGCAGGAUAGUAUGCAAAACUAUCCUGCUGGUCGUCUCCAAAAAUCUGUAUAAUCCUAAUAAUGCUACAUAUUACAAUGAACAAAUGGAACAGGACUUGGAAGAAUCUCUGUUGAGUCAGCAGUCCAAUGAUGAUUUAAAUAAUAACGUAGCAAAAGAAAGAACUAUACAACCAAUAGAGAGUUUUAGAGAUAUCCUGAAAUGUCCAAUGCUACCAUCUUUUUGGAUGCAUGUAGAGAAACCAGACGGACUAGAAUUUCUGCGAAUGGAUCCAUCAACCAAGGAAACAAGAAAUUAUAUACGUCUAAAUGAGGAUUUAUCAGUUACUGCACUCAAAAUUGAGUAA